AUGCAGCACGACAUUUUAAGCAAUGCAUUUACUUCUGAAGAGACAAAUCAAGGUUCAAAUACAGUGGUUCUGCGCGGUUUUGACGGAAUGGGGAAAACCACCCUUUUGAGAAAAGCAAUAUUGGAAUGGGCAGAGGGAAACUUGUGGAAGGACAGAUUCAAAUUUGUCAUCUUUCUGGAUGCAUGUGACAUGAGCCGUGUGACAGAGACAAGCUUAGCGGAGGCCAUCUCCAGAGACUGGCCCGCGUGCUCCAAGCCAGUGGGAGAUGUUUUAUCUCAGCCCCAGGACAUUCUACUGGUCAUUGAUGGCUUCGAGAAGUUGAAAUGCCACUGGACGAUUGAUACUAACACAAACAAUGACUGGCGCCGGCAGCAGCCCACAGAGGUCAUUCUGAACAGCUUGCUGCAGAAAAAAAUGCUUCCAGAAGCCUCACUCCUCGUUGCUCUAGGGACUAAAGUCAUGCAAAACCGACCUUUCAUUCUGUGGCACCCAAAAUACAUAGAUAUGCAAGGCUUUUCUGAGAUUCGCAAGAAAGCCUACUUCUUCCAGUUUUUCCAAGAGAAAUGGCUAGCCAGCAAAGCCUUUAGGUACGUGAGAGACAAGCCGUUCCUGCUUUCUGUUUGCCAAAACCCCCUGGUGUGCUAUUUGAUCUGUUCUUGUCUGAAAUGGCAACUGGACAGGGGAGAGUGUCUGGAUAUUGUCUGUGGGAACAUUACCUACCUGUACGCAUCCUACCUGAUCAGCGUGAUGAAAGCUGGGGGCCAGAGAUUGUCGCACAGGCAGAACAAAGCCCGACUCCAAGGCCUGUGCUCCUUGGCUGCAGAGGGCAUCUGGACGCAGAAGUAUAAAUUUUGCCGAGGGGAUCUCAAGAGAAACGGGCUGUCUGAUUUGGACACGUCCAUGUGGCAGGGCGUGGACCUCCUCCGAAGGAAUGGCGACUGCUUUGUGUUUCCCCACAAGCAAGUCCAGGAGUUCUGCACGAGCCUGUUUUAUUUGUUGGAACAACCCCAGGACCGUGUGAACCCAGCCAUAGGCAGCAUCAGCCAGCUCCUCGGAGAAGCUUAUAUUUCCGACACAAGGCAGUUGAUAACAAACUCCUAUUGCAUAAAACAUUGCCGAAACUUGCAGAAACUGUCAAUCUGUAUAGAAAAUGACUUUCCAGAUGACUCCAGAAUUUUCUCAAGGCUGUAUUUUCUAUCCAACUUUGGGGACCGGGUAGACUUCUUCCGGGCCAUCUGCGACAAGCCCCAUCUGGAAAACCUGAAUCUACGCGGCACUAGCCUCUCAUUAGUGGCAGUCCGGGAGCUGUGUGAGACGCUGAAACACCCCACUUGCAACAUCAAACAGCUCAACCUGGAUAUGUGCAAGCUCAGCCCCACCUGCUGUGACGCCCUGGCCUCUGCACUCGUCAGCUGCAGAACCCUGAAGAGUCUGAGCCUGGACGGCAUCACCUUGGACUACCUUGGAGUGCUGGUGCUGUGCGUGGCCCUGGGCCACCCGGAUUGUGCCCUCCACACUCUCGGCAUGGUGGCCUUGUCUAAGGCCUGA